AUGGGAAGUGGCAGUGAUGGUGUCAAGACGAGAUCCAUUCGUGGAGUUAACGUUUACGGAGCCUACAAAGGUAAUACCAUGACACCCUGGAAGAAUUCACGCAACGAAGGACGGGAAGGAGAUGCCGUCGACAAAUCCAAAGCCAAACAUUGGAUCGACAUGCCCAACGAUUUCCGGGACGAGAAAACUCCUGACGAUUGGAUUCCAAGGGAUGGACGCAUGGUUCGUUUGACAGGUCGUCACCCUUUCAAUAGUGAGACUCCCGUCGAUGAAAUGAACAAGGAAGGAUUCUUCACUCCGCCCAAUCUGCACAUUAUCCGAAAUCACGGUGCCGUUCCACAACUCAAGUGGGAGACUCACAAAUUGUCGAUUGGUGGACCCUUGGUGGCCAAUUCCUUUGAGCUGAGUAUGGACCAACUGACCAAAGAUUUCCCACAAACCGAAUUCCCCGUGACCAUUUCAUGCUGUGGAAACCGUCGCAAGGAAAUGAACAUGAUCAAGCAGACCAUUGGAUUCAACUGGGGCAUUGGUGCGGUAGCCACUUGUAUCUACCGCGGUGUGCUUUUGCGAGACCUUUUGAUUCAUGCGGGUCUGGAUCCCUCGGAUACUGCUGGGCGUUUCGUCGAAUUCAUCGGUACCGAAGAUUUGCCCAACAAGGCCGGUGAUGUCGGUCCCUUCCCGGACGAACCGUGGGGCGACAAAUGCAAAUACGGCACCAGUAUUCCUCUUGAAAAGGCCAUGAGCAUGGCGGACGAAGUCAUGAUUGCCUUUCAGUGCAACGGCGACCGAUUGCAUCCGGAUCGUGGAUACCCUUGUCGGUUGAUCAUCCCUGGAUACAUUGGAGGACGCAUGAUCAAGUGGCUGUCCAAAAUUAAUGUCCUUCCCCACGAAACGCACAACCAUUAUCACUAUUGGGACAACAAAUAUCUGCCGCCCCAAAUCACGGCCGAACGUGCUGCCCGUGAGGGAUGGUGGUACAAACAAGAAUACAUUAUCAAUGAACUUAGUUUGAAUUCGGUCAUUACCUACCCCAAUCACGGUGAAUCUUUACCAGUGAAUGAAUACAUUGAUUCCACCUUGACGCUUCGUGGCUACGCCCAUGCCGGAGGUGGUCGUCCCGUCACAAGGGUCGAAAUCUCUACUACCAAAGGAGAAUGGUGGGAUUUGGCCGAAAUUCAUCGGACCGAAAAGCCAAACCCCUACGGUAAAACUUGGUGCUGGGUCAUGUGGUCCUUUGAAUUGGAUUGUGCCAAUUUGCAAGAUGAAAUCUGGGUCCGAGCUUGGGAUACUUCCAACAGUCCCCAACCAGAGAAUCCAGUGUGGACGCUCAUGGGACAAUCGUCGAACCAUUUGUUCCGAGUCAAGGUCUCAGUGAACAAACCUGAAAAUGGAGUUGCAGCCUACAAAUUUGAACACCCGACACAACCUGGACAACAGUCUGGUGGCUGGGCCACUCGCACUGCGGAAAAGGUCGCGAGUGCUGGAUACGGGCCAAUCGAUUUUGAAGAAUAG